AUGGAACCUUGUAUGGACGGUCUGGUCGAUUACGUGAGGCGACAGGUCAAAUGUCCAGAAUGUCGCGCCGAACAUCGAAUCCCAUAUCAGGGAGUACAGGGCUUUCCAACGAAUGUAACUCUUCAGCGUUUCUUAGAGCUCCACGUUCAAAUAUCUGGAGAGCUUCCAGACCCAACGGCUGGGCAGGUCAUGGAAAGGUGCAAUGUAUGUUCAGAAAAAGCAUAUUGUGCCCUAUGCGCCCACUGUGACAAAAAAGUAUGUGAAGACUGUAAAGCAGCACAUAUGGAAGUGUUACGUAGAGAAAUUUCAAGAAUUAAUAAUCAAGUACGACGUGGUCUCAAUAGACUUCAAGAUAUUCUAUUAGUAGUAGAACGAAAUACUUCAAAUCUUCAGACAAAUUGCGGAGCAGUUGCCGGAGAAGUUGAUGAAAUACAUAAAAGAUUAGCUAAAGCCCUUAAAGAUAGAACCGAUUUCUUGAGAAAUGAAGUAGACAGAUAUUUAGCUACUGAGCUUAGAAACCUUACAAACUUGAAAGAUAAUUUAGAGUUAGAGUUAGGUAAUAUACAAAGCAACUGUGAUCUCGCCGACAAGUACAUGAACGACGAUGUAGAAUGGGACGAUACCGAGCUAGUAGAUACCAAAGAAAUUUUCCUUAAAACGGUUGAGUUCCUAAGAAACUUUGAUUAUGAAGCGGGUGACUAUAAUCGUAGAAUACGGUUUAUAAUGACACAUGAUCCUAAUCAACUAGUAAUGCAUGUGGCAAGUUAUGGUGAAUUGAAUAUCACCCAACCUAAUGCAUAUUCUGGAGGAAUGCAGCAGAAUCAAGGUUUAACAAGAUCUAAGAGUGACCACCGGUUAGCCACACAGUUCCGUCAACAGGAAGAAAAUAAAGGAUGGCAGGAAAACGAAGAGCCAAUAUUGGGUGGUCGUAAAUUUGGUGAACGUCGACCACCACCACCGGAAAAGCAUACGAGGGAUCCAUAUGGGACCACCGAUGACUACAGCGGUUAUGAGUCUGAACACAGACCGGCACGUUCCAGGUUCCGUUCACGAUUUGUUAAGAGUCAUUUAGAUAAUGAUUCUGACUCGGAACAAACUAGUCGUUCAGUAAAAGCUGAACAAAAAGAAAAAGAAAAGGAAAAAGUGGCCGAUACUGAAGAUGCUACUCGAGGACCUUUGAGUGGAAUAUUCAGACUAAGCGACUGCCCCCGAGUCAUGCAGAGAAUAUUAGAUGUUGACAGCGGUAAGAAAAAAGAAAAGAAAGAACCUCCUCCGCCCCCAAAACCUGUUCAGCCUACGCCUCAGCCUCGUCGUCCUCCACCUGCGCAAAGACAAGAAAGUGAGGAUGAAAUAUCACGUCUGAAAAGACAAAAUAAAGGAGCAGCUUCAUCCCAAGAACCCGAACGUGCACCAGCACGUCCCGUCGAAGAAACCGUAAAUCGUAAACCACCUACACCGGCUCGGGAGGCGUCCAGUGAUGGCGAUACCGACGAUGAAUCUGUUGGGUCUCUGCAGCGGAACCAACGUAAAACUGCUCCUGUGGUACCAAAACCAGCAGCGGCUCCUAGGAGACCUUCUGCUUCUGAGGUUCCAACAGCACACCGUGCUGCUGCUCGUGCGCCUAGCACGGAAUCAAGUGGAUCAACAGAAAGUUCCGGCUCGGCGGUAAAACACACAGGAAACGAGAGAACAACGCCGGCGGCUACGAACGGUACAACUGGUGGAGCGCAACGGGUCCAGAGCCGUUUUAUUGGCUCUCAACGACCAACGCCAGCGCCCGCACCCGCCGAGCCGGCGCACGAAGACUCCGAUACAAGUUCCGAAGAAGAAACCGAUUCGUCAGAGGAGAGCGAUGAGGAGCCUGUAACUCAAAGAAAGCCCGAGAGCCAGGCGAUGGCUCGCAGUGACAUUGGUCCCCUUCUUGCGCGUAGUACAAAUGCACGUAAUGACGCUAUUGAGAAUAAAACGAAAGAAACACCCACGCAGUCGCGUUAUCGCACGAGACAAGCAUCUCAGACUGAAGAAGAACCUGCACCUAGAUAUGGUUCAUCUUCUGGUGGAUCUUCGUACAGCAACCGUUACGGAAGCAAGCCAAGAGAGCCUGAACGAGAGCUAGAAACACAGUCUUCUAUAGACGAUGAAUCUAAGUAUCCUACAGCUAGAUCGAGGUACCUCGCCCUGAAAGAGCGUCGAAACCGUCUCGCUAGAAGUAAGAGCAGUCACACCGGCUUUGGUGUAGCAGACGACGACGAUCAGGACGAUGCGGUAUCACCGACGACAGCAUCUCCCACCGCGUAUCUUGCGGCUCGAUACGGCUCCGGCACUGGUGGCUCGGAGUUGUCUCGUAGCCGAUCUUCGCAUGCGCUAAAGUCUAGAGAAAGCUCACCUGAACGACCUUCUACAGGUGAAAAAGACGGAGCAGCACUCAGUUCCUGGGCUAGAUACUUAAAAAAUAAAUAUGGGUCUCGGGGCAAGGACCGUGAUCCUAGUAGUACAUCGUCGACCACGUCCCGUCGCUUGUCUCUCGGGCUACCUUUACGUUCGGCAAACGAGCUUGCCAGUUCUGAUGACGAUUCAAAAAACGCGGCAGGCUCCCCCAUCUCCCCUACGGCGGCUACAGCAGCGGUAGCAGGUUUCGCAGCAGCCGGUUCCUCCCCUAGGAGCCAGUAUAUGCAGAAACGCCGUUUACAAUUCAGCGUGGGGAGUCGGGGGAGCGAACCCGGAUGCUUUACAUGGCCUCGUGGUAUCGCUGUGGGCCCUGACAAUACAAUGGUCGUGGCUGAUUCUUCUAACCACAGAGUGCAGGUGUUCGACUCCAAUGGUAUAUUCGUGAAAGAAUUUGGACAGUACGGUAGCGGUGAGGGCGAAUUUGACUGCCUCGCUGGCGUGGCUGUCAACCGCAUUGGCCAAUACAUCAUAGCAGAUAGAUACAAUCAUCGUAUACAAGUAUUUGACCCUCAAGGCCGGUUCCUAAGGGCUUUCGGUAGCCAAGGUACUGGUGACGGCAAGUUCAACUACCCAUGGGGUAUUACAACGGACGCUCUCGGAUUUAUAUACGUCUGUGACAAGGAAAACCACAGAGUACAGGUAUUCCAAUCUGAUGGCACAUUCGUUGGUAAAUUUGGCUCCUUUGGGUCCAAGCUUGGUCAGCUUGAACAUCCUCAUUACAUCGCCGUCUCCAGCACGAACAGAGUCUUAGUCUCAGACUCCAACAAUCACAGGAUACAAGUAUUUGAUGUCAACGGAAGAGUUCUUUCAUCGUUCGGUGAAGAAGGAUCUGAGGAUGGACAGUUCAAGUUCCCGAGGGGUGUGGCUGUAGACGAUCAAGGCUACAUCGUGGUGGCUGACUCUGGCAAUAAUCGCAUCCAGAUAUUCCACCCUGAUGGAAACUUUUUGAGGGCUUUCGGAUCCUGGGGCUCUGGUGAUGGAGAGUUCAAAGAGUACAAGUAUUUUAAGAUGAAUCUUCAACAAGUUGUAAUACCGAUGUUUACGCAACAAUAUUUAAUUUAUGCUUAUAUUACAUGA